AUUUUGUUUCAGAUGAAGCUGGGUCAAGUGCUUUUUGUCCUGUUUCUCUUGACGCAGGGCACUGCGACAUUCAGAAGCGAUGCAAUAGCUCCAAGCAGAAAUUAUACUUUAUUAUCUACUGUUCUUGCUGGUGAGCUAGUGGGCAACAUCACUCUGACGCCUUCUCAAGGACCAUUCGUGAUAGAUAAAGACUUAUUAGUCCCUGAAGGCUCUCAAUUGACUUUAAAACCGGGAGCGCAGUUGCUCUUUCGUCCUGAGACCGGAAUACGAAUCAAUGGCUCCUUGGUUGCAGAAGGGAGCCCGGAAAACAAGAUUUCGUUAUCAUCAUUUCCUUACCCUAAUGCAAGCUCAUACGCUAGCUACUACUAUGGCAAUGGAAUACGCCUUGUUGAUGGAAAUAAUUACACUGAAGGACGGCUGGAAAUAUUGAUGAACAAUAGAUGGGGGGUUAUCUGUGCAGAUCACUGGACUGAAAAGAAUACUGAUGUUGCAUGCAGACAUUUGGGCUUCUUAGGAGGGAAGAGACAUUUCGARCGUCCUUUUGAUCGAACAAAGCUCUAUCUCAUUGAUUAUUUCGGAUGCAAAGGUGAUGAAAACAACCUAUGGAACUGCAACUACAGAAGUAGAUGGGUAAACUGCCCCCAAUAUCCCAUUGGUAUUGAAUGCGUGGGCUUGCAAAGCUUUCUCAAGGAAAAAGUAAAAUGGCGAGGGAUAUCCUUCAUGAUGCAGAGUCCCGGAGUACUAUCAAUACUGAAGCAUGUUACCAUUGAAGACGCAGUUUUUGCUUUGAAUGUCACACACCAAGCCCCGGAAAUAAGCGGCGUCACUAUCACGAACUCCUUCCACGGUAUCCAAGUAAGCCACUUGAUCGAGCAAAGCAACAUUGAACUCACUGACAUUUUGGUUCAUGAUAAUUACCUUACUGGCAUGAAGAUUAUGAGCUUAAAGUCAGAAGUCAGAAUUCGUAAUUCGUCCUUCACGACGACAUCUUUUGGAGAUGGGUUUUCCUUUGAAGAUGAGACAGUGCCUAUUGAUUUAUGUACUUGGRRCCAAAACUCGACACUGGUGUACCCCUUAAUGUUUAGUGCGUCGUCUGAUGGCAACGAUGGCUAUUGCUCUAAGCGUGGAGUAAACAUAGAGAAUUUUGCAGGCCAUCUUCAAAUGACUAACAGCAAAAUGAACCAAAAUGCACUUGACGGUGUUAACAUCAAAGGAUUGGUUGGAAAACUAGAGCUAAUUGAUCUUGAUGUUGUGAAUAAUGGUCAACUUGGUCUGGUACUGGAAAAMGUCUCCGGUAAAAUUGUUUUAGAGAGCUUUAACAUAAGUCACAAUAAGCAGGAUGGAGUUAAGGUCUACCAAGGAACAGGAUUCCUGAUGAUGAAAAAAGGAGCGAUUAAAGAAAAUAAUGCUCGAGGAAUUCAUAUCGGAUCUCUAAGAGAAGUUCAGCUAAAUUUAACAAGCUUGGUAAUUUCUAUGAACAAGGAAACAGGCCUAACUUUGGAGAAGAUAUCAAAAGGUAUACUAAUGCUAACAGACGUUACAACAACUUUAAAUUCCAAGUAUGGUGCGUAUUUUACACAAUGUUCAUCUCCGGUGGCCAUUGCAAGAAGCUCCGCAAACGAGAAUGGUGGCCAUGGAUUCUAUUUUCAAAGGCAAGGUGGCUCUGUUAAGAUGUCGGAGUUCACUGCAUCUCGAAACCAGGAAAGCGGACUUCGUGUUGAAGAUGGCAUAUCUCGCUUGUUUAUCCAACAUGGUAUGAUAAAUAAAAAUAACAAGCAUGGGUUUUACUUGAACAAUCACGGCGGAGAGAUUUUGAUGGUCAACGUAAGCCUCAACGACAACAAAGAAAGAGCAAUAAAUGUGUAUGAGAAUUCACAAGGAAACCGCAUAACAUUGUUUUCAGUUUAUGGGUGUUAUAUUUCYGGAAGCAAAGUUGGUUUGAAGUUAAUUAUUUYUUGCACCUACAAGUCUAAUAGCGUAAGAAACGUCAGCAUCCGGCUAGAAAGUAAUACUUUUGCCAACAACACGCUAGAAACAUUUGGUUUCUAUAAAGAACAUACUUGCUAUUACUCAACAACGCCUAGACAAGUUUUUAUCGAUGCAGUAAACAACACUUUCAUCCUCAAUAAGAAGAGUGUUWUCCACAUUGAUUGUCCUGGUAUGUUUGCUCUACAAGGAACAUUAGCCUCAAAYGCRUUUCUUGRCAAUUUGGGUAAGGUUGUAACUGUAAGGGAAGGAACMAACUGUGRCGAUCGUCAUAAAUAUCCAAUAARARUACARAUUWCCUCAAACAGGUUUGAAAAUAACACGGGCCAGUACAUGGUCAACAUUGAUUUGCAGCCUUGGUAUACCAUUCGCUCCGYUGUCUUGCGACACAACUCCUUUGUGAUGAACAAACAGACCAAACUGCCCUCGAGAUUCUAUAGCAGAAUGACURAAGACGCUGUAAUUGUCUUGAAAGAAGGAACAUUUCAUAUACUGCAAAAUUCCUUUGAAAAUCCCAACUUUAACUAUCAAGUCGCAGCCGCUCUUGUUGCUCAUGGAAGAGUCAUAAAUGCAAGCCACAAUUGGUGGGGGACAAAAGACGAAUGUAGGAUAAAGGACUUGAUAUUUGAUAAGGAAGAUAGACUUGAUCUUGUCAAAGCUGAUUAUUUUCCCUAUUUGCUGAGCAACCAUAGCUCAGAUAUUAUUUCAUCAAAUACMACCAGGCCUUUGUGCUUUCUCAAAGACUCGCAUUUGGGCGGUACACUAAACAGGCACUUAAUAUUAUCCAACAAAUCAGUCCCAUAUAAGGUGGUGAAUGAUUUAGUCAUUCUUCCGAAGGGAUCUCUCGUCAUAGAAUCUAACGUAACUCUGAUAUUUCCUCCAAGAUCUGCGUUCGUUGUUCAAGGAAGCUUGAACAUUUAUGGCGAAGAAAGMGCAACUGUGAAGUUCACUCUAGACAAGGUUGUUGACUCAAGAAUACGACUGAAGAAUGGUUGGUACGGCAAUCUYGAGAUUAAAAUCAACARUACAUGGAUGACUCKAUGUGUCARGAGAARCUUUKAYUUUCAACCAGAAAUGGUCUGCAACCAYUUCAAUCUGGAGUAUGAAAGUUAUAACYGGUAUUAUCCAAGUGGAAAAGAACAUGGYUUUAUCAAUAACUUAAAUUGUGAUCACAACAUAGCCCUGGACAUGAGUCCAUGCAACUAUGAAAACCUUAGMUAUACUCCACGUUGUGAUGRUUAUGUYUUGUACCUUCGAUGUAAGAGACCCUACUGGUCUGGUGUUCACCUUGCCAUGACUAAAGCCAAAAAUAGUAUUAAGCACCUUGAGAUCCACGAAGGGGGUCAGAAUUACAGAACAGACCUCAAAAUAACCUCAGCAGCUUUAAGAGUGGAUUUUGAUGACCACGUCCUGAGAAAUAUAAUGGUGAAGAACUCAGCAUCUGUUGGUGUACAGGUUUUGUAUUCAAAUCCCUUCAAAAGAGUGCCUACUUUAUCUAGUUCCUUGGUAGAGGGUACUGAAUCCAACGGUAUGCAGAUCAGUUUUUCCCAUGCACCUCUAGAUCGUGUUAACAUCAUAGAUGCUAAAGGCAACGGUCUUUAUUCAAAAAGCUUGUGGAACGAUCUUGAUUUAGACGCACGAAGAAUGUCAGACCCUGCAUUUAUUCACCACGUCUCUGAUUGUAAAGAAAAGUCAAUAUUCAUCCAAGAGGGUGAUUCAAGGUAUUUGAUCUUUUCUCCAUUUGGAGAAACGGCACCAUCAAGUUGCGAUCAAGAAGUAUAUACGACGAACAGAUCAAACAUUGCUCUGCAAAUAAUCUACAAAAACAUAAGAUAUAGUUCCUAUCACUAUGACAGUGUAAAUGUAAAUAGUGGUGGAAAACAAUGGAAGUUGGAAGAUCUUUCAUGGGAGGACAGACCUGUUUUAUAUGCCAAUACCUCAAUCAUGCAUCUCCGUUUUAUGAAGUACUAUGCUUACAGACCAAUGCUCGUACACCUAUUGGCUUCCUCUCUUAAUGAUACAAAUGGACAUAUGAAGCAAUAUAAGAAGAUUUCGAUCAAAAACUGUGUUAUCAAAAAUACUUCAGGAAGUGGAAUUUAUAUUCAUGGACCUCGUACGGAAUCGAUUGUUAUACAAAACUCCACCAUUCAAAGCAGUCUUAAGAAUGGCAUCGAAAUUAGUUCAUCAAUCACAAGUCUCUUUGUCCAGUCAUCAACCAUUGCACUUCAUCUUACGGGCGUCUUAUUAUAUUCCCUAAACGGCAUUUACAAUAAAGGGAUUGCAGGUAAAAUCUUUAUCUCAAAAAGCGUCAUUUCGAAAUGUAGCAACAAAGGACUUCAUGCAUGGGCUUCUGGAAGUAAAACUAUAACUAUAGAAGACUCUUUAAUGUCACAGAUCACUGGAAAUGCGGUUAAUUUAUAUGGAAGAUAUUCUCAAACUUCUCUUUACGUCAACAAAUGCAGAUUUCAUGAGAACAAACUACAUUGUGUUAAUGCACACAGUCAAAACAACUGGGGUUCUGCAAUUGAAUUCCAUGUGACAAACAGCAACUUUUCCAAUAAUGCUGGGCGUGUCGUCAAUAUUGAACGAGCCACGUCCCUGGCAAAAUGGCUCAUCGAAGGGAACACCUUUUUCAACAACUCCGAACCUUCGGUUAUUUCAAUUGGAGAGCAUUUCCCUCAUACAACAUAUACAAUCAAAAAUAACAGUUUUAUUUCAAAUCGUUGUAAUAAAGACGCUGUCAUAGAUCUGUGUUAUAGCGCUCAAUUUGUGGCCAUUGAUAAGAACACGUUUUUAGGAAACUUCGGACCUGCAGUUAUUUUGAAAACAGCCGUUGCAUCGCUACCUUUACAAAUCAAAGAAAAUACGUUCAUAAACAAUCUUUGUUUUGGCUGUCCAAUUCUGAAGUUUCUUCGAAUUGAAAAAGACCUUAUCUUGGAGAACAAUACCUUUACUAACAAUACUGGCCAGGUCAUGAUCUUUCUUCAAGCUGCUUAUGAGAUAACUGCCAGUACACUCGUACAAAAACUGUCUUUGACUGACAAUGCCAUAAAAGAAAGCCACCCUAGUGCCUCAGUGUCUUCAAACGUUGAAAGAUGUGUUAUAAAUUUUAACGGCAUCUUAUUCUUUAAAGACGUCAAAUGGAGAAAUAACAAAAUGAGUAACGCACAAUUUGACUUUGAGUUGUGUCUUCAUACCCUUGGCUUGUCUCAGCUGCCUCAAUUAAACGCCAAUGAAACAUGGUGGGGAACGAACGAAGACAUCUCAAGAAGAGUUCUCAGUUUUGAUAUUAACUAUGAAUACGGCAUCGUCAACUAUGGACACUUUCUUGCCUUAGAAAAUAAGGUAUUGAAAACAAUAGUGUAUGACGCUGACUCUGCAUUCGAUGAGUUGUUUGGAAAGUCAAUACUCAGGGGAAGGAUACAUAAAUCUAUAACCCUCCGACGCAACAACAGCCCUUUCAAGGUUCUUGGAGAUGUUACUGUGCUACCCGACACCGUGCUUACAAUAGAACCUGGAGUAACAGUUCAGUUAGCACCAUACGCGAGUAUAUUAGUGCUUGGAAAACUCAUUGCAAGAGGUGAUAAAGAACACCACAUCACCUUCAAGCACAUUGAUAAAUCCAAGAAUACUGAAGCACUUCCAUUUGACAUUCGGUUAAUGGAUGGGGAUUUUCCUUGGUAUGGUCGAUUGGAAGUUUAUCACAAUUCGAGUUGGAAACCAUUAUGUACAGAGAAGUGGAUAAGACAAAACGUCAUUGUUGCCUGCCGUCAGCUUGGUUAUGAUGGUCCAAAUUUGGACAUGAGCCCAAUAAGAUUCGGUAAUACAGAAAACAAUCUAACGUAUCCUCUUGAGUUACGUUGUUUGGGAAAUGAAUCAUCCAUUACAAAAUGCGCAAAUAAUUCAACAGGUCAAGACAUCCAUCGCUGUCAAAGUGUCGUUGGAUUAAGGUGCCAUGGAAAAGAAUGGGGAUCUAUUCGUUUUUCACGCCCUCCGAUUGAAAAAAUCAAUGCAAGUAACAGUACAUCAGUUCUUGAAUACGUUGACAUUAUGUACGCUGGGAAAAGGAAAAGCUCAAAUACUUCGGCUAUUGAAAUGAUUCGGAGAGUUCCAAUAAUAAGUCAUAUUAAAGUGUUUAACUGUUCCUCUGGGGGUCUCACCAUCGUGUUACCAGAUAAAAACCACAAAGUUGAGAAGAGUCAGUUCAUAAAUACUGGAGGAACAGGARUAACAGUUAUGGAAAACACGAAAUCCUUUGUCAUUCAAGAUUCUCACAUAUCAGAAAACAAUAAUGGUCUCCUUUUUAUUCGUUGGGAUGAUCAAUUAAUCAGCAAUUUCAUCGGACAAGAUGGAGUGUUUUUGUGUGAUAAUAAAAUGCAAACGAUAGAUGUCAAAGAAAGCGAAUUCCUUUAUUUUGUAACGACACCAGCCAAAGGUCAUACGAAAGAUUAUCCCACAAUCGAAUGUCAAAAAAGACUUCGAACUGAAAAAGGCAUGGGAAUAAUUAUUAGAGUUUUGAGCGUCAAGGGGACACAAACCCUACGUGUUCAUGUUGGUCAAACUGACAUAAUAAACACUAAAACUUAUSGUUGGAAGGGUUUCAACUUAUACAUCGAUUUUGAGGACGUACAGUUGACCUGGAAAGGAACAUUUUCCUCGCAAGUCGUACUUCUCGUUACUGCAAUAGAACUGAAAGAUAUGCCAUGUACUUUUAUUCGUAAUCGUAUGUGUGGCUGGCAAAGUGUCUUAAACAAGAGGGUUCUGGGAAUGACAGCGAAUAACGCGUUUAAAAAUGUUUAUGAUGCUGGAAGUGGACAUGCGAUUGAUCUACAAUAUCCAUAUUGGUGGCGUGAACAUUAUGCUAAUCUUGUAAGCCCAUUAAUCACCCCAAAUGCCAAAGCAUGUCAACUGAAUUUCGAGUACAGCUUCACUUCUGUGCAGAGUUAUUUAUGGCUGGCAGUGAUACGAGAGGAAUACGAGAACGGAACACAAAUUCAUACUAAAUUAUGGUCAUCUGAUGAAGAAGAAACUCAGAAGAGAUYAUGGAUGAAGACUUCAAUUACAAUUCCUUUAAGAAACAAGCCCUUCAGACUCGUCCUGUUCGCGCACACCAAAAAAACUUCAUGGUAUAAUACUAAUAUUUACUUAAAGAAUUUGAAUGUUAAAAACUGCUCAGCUGAAAAUAUCGAUGUCAAUGGAAAUUUCUUUACGAAGAACCGAAAUCAUAAUAUUUUGCUGCAAAGUAACGUCCCGAUUCAGCAAUUCAACAUAAAGAUACACAGAAACAAGUUUACUGAUGCCGUAGAUGACGCCAGUACCACCGGUACCAUCAGAAUUAACACAUAUAACAAUCCAUUUUAUAUAUUAAAUAAYUUUAUAUCAAAUAACAACAAUGGAGGCGUUUAUGCAACUGUUGGAAACAGCCAUGGCAAUUUGGUCAUAAAAAGCAUGAUUGAAAGAAAUUAUUUCGAAGGCAACAAAAAGGAAACAAUAUACAUAGAUGCUGGAUACGGCGGAAAGGCCUUUAACAUCGAUAUAUUUGGUAACAAUAUWAAUGGUAACAACGGUAAAGGCACUGGCCAAGCCAUACACAGUAACAUUAAGUUAUCUCAGGUGGUUUGUACUCUGGAAGAAAACUUCGUUUACGAUAAUUAUGGCAGGUACAACUUAGARAUCAUGCUGAACAAGAGAACCAUAGUGAAUAGAUUGAUAAAAGUUCGAAACAACACCUUUUAUCACAAUCAUGGGCUGAUAAAAGACUAUGGGUCUACAAUGUAUUGUAAUGGGUCUGUGGUGAUCUACAAGAAUAUCAUCAAGAAUCCUUCCAAUCUUUAUGAGCUUGUCACAGACCGAGCAAGCUCUUUUCGAUUGAUAAAUGCAACUAGCAAUUGGUGGGGAUUUGGAUCACCAAACAUUGUAGGGAUGCGCAUUCGUGAUGUGUCAGACGAUUACAAACUUCCAACAGUAAGCUACCAUCCCUAUAUACCACUCAGGCCUCCAACUGCCGUACCUCUAUCAUGCCCUGCAGCAGGAUGGAUUUUAUUUGAAGAAUCUUGUUUCUUAUACCAUGGAGGUCCCAUGCCUUACUAUGAGGCUGAAAAAUAUUGUUUGGGCAGGGCUUGUACAUAUUCGUACUGCACCCAGUUUGAAAACUGCAGAUCUUGUAUUUCCAGUAAAAACUGUGGUUGGUGUGACAACCUUGGUCAGUGUUUGCCAGGACAUGGUGGAAGAUCUUACUUUGGAACUUGUCAAGACUGGUUCUUUUAUAAUUGCUAUACAAUGGGAAGAAUCAGCUUCUGUUCGCGCAGACAAAUAACGCUGUUAGACUGCAAUCGGCAACUUUGCAACCGUUUCUCAGAUCUUGCAAGUAAGGAAUCGUGUCAAAGGUGCAAAGAUCACGAAAAUUGCUUCCAGACUAAGGAUGCAGAAGGUUGUAGAACUUGGAAUGAGACCCGUUGCCCGAAUGGACAGGUGAAAAUCGAUUACUCUGAUCCUACGCGAGUAGAUAAUACUCAAAUGAACGGCAAUGCUAGGAGUAUAAGUCCUGAAGAAGUAACAAUGUACAGAUGUGAAGCAAAAGAACCAGAUGGCAGAGUCACAACAGUGUUUGCUUUUAACGCUAACUUGACUCUCAAUCCUGGUAAUGUUAUUUCAAGUAAUCAAGCAGGAGGAGUGUUCCAUAAAGUUUCAAAUGUCAAAGAUUUUGUUUCCAACCAAAGCCAUGGAUUUCUUUCCACUAUAACAAGCAUCAACAAAACGUCCGAAUUUGUAUUUGUUGAGACUUUGUUACUGAGAUGUGACAAUACCACUGAUAUGAGUUUCAAAUUCCCAAGUAAACAACUAAGCGAUGAGGACUUGAGCUGCCCUGGAGGGGAUAACAACCCAAAUCUCCUGAUAAAGGCGACAAACAAUGAAACAUUGAACAUGUCGGUCAAUGAUGUCAUCGUCGAUAGACCCAGCCAACCAUUUGUUGCCAAGGCGAAAUCCUUCCACUACAGCCAAGGUUACUUGGUCGUUGAAGUACUUCCGGUUACUUCAAUUGUCAAUGAAAAGGCAAUCACAGAAAUAGGGAUUGAUGAACCACUUAGUCAUGUCAGACGUAAAAGAGCUAUCUACCAUAGAUUCUUUGGAGCGAAUGGAAGAUGGGGAUUUACUUUGAAACAAGGAGGACAAGGCUUCAGUUCUUUUUUAAGUUACGGAGUUGGAUUUUCGCUUAUACUGCAAUUGGAAGUCUCAAGCGCGAGUAUCRACAAGCUAAAGCCGCCAAAAGUACGGAUGAAUAUCUUUAUGUCUGCGAGAGCAUCAGCAUCAGCAGAAGUCUCAUUCAAUCUAAACCGAGGCGGCUCAGCAUCAUCAAGCAGAAGUCUAGUACGUGGCUUAGCCCUUAAGAGAUUCUCUAUCUGCAUUUAUUUUCUUUGUAUUCCAUGUGGAAUCUUUUUCGAUCUUGAUGCAUCAGGAAGCGUUAGUGCACAGCUCGCAGCAGUUGGUUCAGCUUUUUAUCAAUUAAGAAUAAGCAAAGAGAUGGCAAAUGGGGAAUGCUCAACUACAGGAAGAUGUCAGUCCUCUCUAUCAAAGGAGAUCAAAGAAAGAUCUCCGAUAAAGUCUUUACCAACUAUCAAUCUAAGUUUGGAAAUCCCUAUAAUAGUCGAAAGCAAACUAAAUUUGUGUUCGCCCAAGUGCCACCCUUUAGGUAGAAAAGGACUGAAGGUCAAGAUUGGUGCACCGAAAAUUGUUUUCAGUAUAACUAUUGGUGAGAAAAAUAAGUUUAGCUUAAGCUCUGGACGUAUUGGGCAGGUUAUCAACGAAUACUGCUUUGACAUUCCACCUCAUGACCAGACUUGCAGGCCGACUGAAAAACCAGAUCCGCCAGAAACUGGAUUUGGAAAUGAUGAAAACCCAACAAUGGAUUGGGAAAAUGUGGGGAUCCUCCUGUCUGCUUAA